AUGCCAACCCGUCCAGCCCGCCGUGAGCGCCGCCGCGCAGAAAGGCGCAGUCAGAAAGUAUCAUCUUCCCUCCAGAGCGCAGCACCUUCCACCUACGAUCCCACAUACACAGUCAUGCCGCCAUUCCCUACACCAGAUGUCACUCUAGCCGCCCAUCCAAGUAUCCGACCAAUCAUGCUCCUGGUACUUUCACAAGAAGACCUAGUCCGCGAUCAGAUCGGUGCCUUCCGCAUGCUCGCCAGCAUAGAGUCCUACCGCUCGCACCCGAAAGCUGAGUACCGCAUGGAGGAACUCCGGCGCAUAGCCUGGGCUCACCACGCGCAUGUUCAGAAACUGCAGGCUUUGAAGCGUAGAUAUGCUGAGCAGGUUACGAUGUGGGGGUUCGAGUGCAGCAAGUCGCGCGAGGAUUGGAACACGGCGUUUAUCGAGCGGCGGAAGUUGCAUGUGGUGCAGUUGAACCGCGAGGUUAAGAAAAUGACACUUGUGUUUGAGAAGCAGCUCGAGGAGGUUCUGAAGAAUGAGGAUCUGUUUGAUGGAGAGGAGCAUAGGCAAGUGUUUAUGGAUAAACUGAAUUUGUAUAGAGACUUGUUUGAUAAGACUUUGAAGGAGACGGAGGGCAUGUCGGGUUAG